AUGUUGAUUUGGGUAGAAGUGGAUAUUUGGGUAGAUGUGGAUAUUUGGGUAGAUGUGGAUAUCUGGGUGGAUUUGGAUAUCUGGGUAGAAUUUGAUAUUUGGGUAGAUGUGAAUAUUUGGGUAGAUGUGAAUAUUUGGGUAGAUGUGGAUAUUUGGGUAGAUGUGGAUAUUUGGGUAGAUGUGGAUAUUUGGGUAGAUGUGGAUAUCUGGGCAGAUGUGGAUAUUUGGGUAGAUGUGAAUAUUUGGGUAGAUGUGAAUAUUUGGGUAGAUGUGGAUAUUUGGGUAGAUGUGGAUAUUUGGGUAGAUGUGGAUAUUUGGGUAGAUGUGGAUAUAUGGAUAGAAUUUGAUAUUUGGGUAGAUGUGGAUAUUUGGGUAGAAUUUGAUAUUUGGGUAGAUAUGGAUAUUUGGGUAGAUGUGGAUAUUUGGGUAGAUGUGGAUAUUUUGGUAGAUGUGGAUAUUUGGGUAGAUGUGGAUAUUUGGGUAGAUGUGGAUAUAUGGGUAGAUGUGGAUAUUUUGGUAGAUGUGGAUAUUUGGGUAGAUGUGGAUAUUUGGGUAGAUGUGGAUAUUUAUGUAGAGGUGGAUGUUAUGAGAUGA